AUAAGUGAUGCAAAAUAUUAUUAAAUGAUAAUAUUUAUUAAAUUAUAAGGACAAUGCAAGUAACAUGGAAAGGACAGUGGAAGUCGAUAUAUUUUAUGUUUCUUAGCAUAGUGUCCAUUAAUUUAAAGUAUUCUGUGGCAUCAAAUAACACAGCAAUUUUAUUAAAUUCACAAAUUCAAAACUCCAGUAAUUUAUCAGAUCAUACAGAUUUAAAUAUUUUACUAAAUCAAAUCGUUAAAACCAAGAAUCCUACAAUAAGACGUAUUAAAAGAAAUAUUGGUCCACCUCGAAACUUAACAGGCUUCGUUUUUUGGGAUGAUAGUUUAAAUAUUUUUCGGUUAAAAUUAACUUGGCUGCCACCUGAAAACAUGUUGAAAUCAUACGGAUAUAAUUUAACAUAUUUCUGUGAUCCAAGACCCUGUAAAUCUGGAUACAAUAGUGAAGCCGAUUUAUUACAUAAAGACAUAAAAUCAAUAACAAUACCCACAUCAGAAGAGAAAGAUUUUAUUUCUUUAAAUUCUACAAUACAUAUUGUAUUAACAAGUUUACCAAAUAGUUCAAAAGAAAAUAAUUCAAUUACAUUUAUUUACAACGUACCUGAUUGUGUCGACAACCGAUGUUAUUGUGGGCAUAUGAAUAAUUUACCAAAACCAAAAAUUCAAGCUGUUUUUACUCACAACGGAAAAGUAAAUGUCUCUUGGUCAACACCAUACAAAAUUCUAGAAAAAAAUGAUUCACGGUAUCAUACAAUACAUGUAUAUAUGAGUGUAAUUAUAUUCUGUACAAUUAUUUUAAUUCGUCAAAAAGUUAAAACAUGGCUUAAAUAUGUCUGCAUAGAGAAAUCUCAUAAUAAUAAAAGAUCGUCCACUGAUUUUAAUACAUCCAAUGAAGGAUAUUUUCGACUAACAAAGUUAAAUAGUUCAACAAUACCUUUGAAAAAGAGUGAGGUAUACGUUGAUCACAAGAAUGAAGACUGUUGUGAAAUAGCAUUUACCAGACUUACGUUUCAAAAUCAGAUUGGACGAGGUGAAUUUGGAUUAGUUCAUCGUGCGUAUCUUAAUAGCUCCGAAUCAAAUAAGGAAAGAUUAACUGUGGCAGUUAAAACUUUAAAAGAGCAUGCAACUCCAGAUGAAAUGAAUGAUUUCAUUAAAGAAAUAACAAUGUUUAAAUAUUUAGGAUAUCAUCCAAAUAUUGUGAAAUUAAUCGGAUAUUGUACAACGCAACAACCAUUAUGUAUGAUUAUGGAAUAUUUAGCAAAUGGAGAUUUAGCAACGUAUUUAAGAAAAUUAAAAGAAAAUUGGCGUAAUGCACAAAAUAAAUUUCCUUUACGAUUUCAGACAAAUAAAAUCAAUCAUUUUAAUUUUAGCAAUACUGAUAUUGAUAAAAUUGCUAAAUAUUCGACUGGAUCUAUCUCUUCAACAUUCACAUUUGAUUCGACUAUUACGACAAGUAUGGCAACAAGCCGAAGUGGGCGCCCAUCAGCAACUGAAACUGAGUAUAUUUUACUAAGCAGUGAUGGCAGUCUAUUGACAACUCCAAAUUCAGCCACUGAAAGUCCAAUCAUAAUUGAAAAUAUUGUUAAUUCAAUAGAACUCCAAAAAUUUGCAUCGCAAAUAGCCCUAGGAAUGGCGUAUUUAGAAGAAAAAAAUAUUACUCAUAGAGAUUUAGCGGCACGUAAUAUUUUAAUCGAUGACAACAAAAAUCUAAAAAUAAGUGAUUUUGGUUUAUCACGAAGUGGUACUUACAUAUGUACAAAAAGUAAAUUACCUUAUCGAUGGCUCAGCAUUGAAGCACUAAAAGAUCAAAUAUUUACAAAUAAGAGUGAUGUUUGGUCAUUUGGCAUUGUUCUUUGGGAAAUUGGAACUCUUGGUGAUUUUCCAUAUUCAUCUUUGGACAAUUACAUGCAAAUACUUAAAUAUUUAAGUGAUGGUAACCGUCUAGAAAAACCGAAUAGUUUAAGUGAUGACAUUUAUAAUUUGAUGUUGAGGUGUUGGGCUGAAAACCCAGAUAAUCGUCCAACGUUUGCUGAAAUUACAGAUGAUCUAAAUGCGAUGAGUGAUAAAAAAUUGUAUAUAACAUUUGAUUCGUUAAAAUUAGAUUAUUUUUUAGAAUACAGUCAAGUGUAA